GAAACUACAAUGUAAUAAUUAUAUCAAGGACAAGCGAAGGAAAAUUACUAUGGUUUUGACGAGCCUUAUUUGCUAUGCUCAUUCUUCGAAAGAGUGCUGUUUGUUUGCAGAUGAUGGCUGUAAUUCUAAUCCAAUAAAACUAUGGUUUAUUCUGAUAAAACUUGGUCGUCAAAUUUGUACAAAUUAUUAUGUGUCUCGAUACGAGUGAUUCACGAAAACCGCUGCAAAUUAAGAAAAAAAGUUAAUUGUUUCCAAAACCGUCUAGUUUCGAAUCAGAAUGAAAAGAAAAGUUUUUUUUCGACCCUAGACCUUCGAAAUUGCAACAAACCUCAUCUCAGCUCGUAAAGAGUGGAGCCUCAUCUGCUGAGCUAAAUAUUAUUGGAACGGAAUGAAAUGUCUACUUCAACACAAUUAAAAUGUGGGUAUUUUAUGCAUAUUUCCCCAAAAGAACAUUAUUAGUCUAAUUCAGAUGGUCACAUAAACCUUCCUGUUAGAUACAUCGCGGAAUCAGAUACGAAUUGUAUGGAGUUAGAGCCACUGAUGUGAUUUGGAGCCGAUAAUGAUUCCGCGUUCAAUUGAGUAGAGGCGGUCACAUUCCGCGGUUAUUGAUGACCAGAGGUGUUGGAUUCAUUGCUGCAUUCACAGCGUCCUUCAGUGCAGAACUGUCUCAUUAGCGUCGAUGGUAAAAUACACUAAUUGGCAUCGAAACAGGGACUCCUAUAGUUAUAGUUGGGAUAUUUUGAUUAUUGUCACUUUUUGUGCCAUACCAGUAAAUUGGUCCUUUGUGGGUGAUUACACGACUUUUCCUGGUGGAAUUUAUUCAGUUUUGAUACGUCUCAUAUACUUAUGUGCGAUUUGUCACUCUUCGAACCCUCUAAAGGUUGAACAAUUUAACCGGGCUAUCUCUCGAACUUCUCAUGAAAAAAUCUAGUUGUUUUCAAUCACUCCAUCCGCAGUUAUCCGCCCUGAAGAAAGAAUGGAAGCCCACCACUAUCCAUCAGUCCACCAGCAGUCUGGUAUCCACGCAGGGUACAUCGAGCUCAACAGUCUCUGGACAGUUCGCAAACCUCGAUCAGGACUCGAUCGAAUUGAGGAAAAUCAAGAAAUUUCAGAGUUUCUUCAGGAGUUGGCUCUAUCGAAGAAGAUGGAAGCAGAUCGUGGAAAAGUACAUGAAGAGUUCACAUGCUGAUGAAAUGAGGAAGAGGAACAGUCUGGUGUUCAGGAUGGUCGAGGCAGAAGAAGAGUACAUGGAGCAGAUAGAGGUACUCGUGACAUGUUUCUUGCGUAACUUCAAGAUGGCGGCUUCGUCCAAGAAGCCACCCUGUUCACACGAAGACGUUAAUUCGAUAUUUUUGAACAGUGAAACCGUUCUGUUCCUACAUCAGAUAUUUCUGAAGGGAUUGACUUCGAGGUUGGAGAGUUGGCCAACCCUGGUUUUGGGGGAUCUCUUCUCCAUGCUAGUUCCGAUGCUCAGCAUCUAUCAGGAAUACGUUCGCAAUCACCACUACUCCCUUCAGGUUCUCACCGAGUGCAAGCAAUCCCCUCAAUUUUCCGCUCUGCUGAAGAGGCUGGAGAGCAAGCCAGCAUGUCAUGGACGUUCCUUGGAAACAUUUCUGACCUAUCCGAUGCAUCAGGUGCCUCGAUAUAUCAUUACUCUGCACGAAUUACUGGCGCACACGCCUCACGAUCACGUGGAUAGAAAGAGUCUGCAGAACGCACGACAGCAGUUGGAGGACUUGUCACGUCAGAUGCACGACGAGGUUUCGGAAACGGAAAAUUUGAGGAAAAAUCUUGCCGUGGAAAGGAUGAUUGUAGAAGGAUGCGAUAUUCUUCUGGACGUGAAUCAGGUGUUUGUAAGAGAAGGUUCUUUGAUUCAAUUACCAGGAGAGAAGGCUAAGACGUCGAGGAGCAAACUGAAUUUCAAAAGCGAAAGAGAAUAUUUGCGGCAAUGCUUCCUAUUCUCCAAUCACCUAAUUAUAGCAACGAGAACUUCAAGCGGAAAAUUGCACCUGGUACCAGACAUCGGCAAAAUACCCUUGGCGGAUGCCCUUCUGAUCGAGGAUCCUAGUGAAACUCAAGAGGAUGAAGAAGCAUCCGUAUGUUCAGUAUCCAGCCAAUCAUCUGGAAUGAGUGAAACGUCUGGAGUACCGGGUAGUCUGCACAACAGGGAUUUCAAAAUAUUCGUUGAACAAAAGACGGGAAAUACGUCUCAACAGCUCGUUGUGCAUCUCUUAGCGUCUUCUGUACAGGAAAAAGCGGCUUGGAUAUCCGAUAUAAGUCAAUGUUUGGAUAACGUUCAGUUCAAUGACAUAAUCAGACCUACUGCUUUGUCUGACAACUCCUCGAUAUCCUUACCUCAGUGUUUGAAGAACGAUCCGAAAUUGUUCAAAGACGAGGCCGAUAUACGUUUCAGUCGAACACUGAACUCCUGUAAAGUUCCCCAAAUAAGAUAUGCGACGCCCGAACGUCUACUUCAGCGCCUAACUGAUCUCCGAUUCCUCUCGAUCGACUUCUUGAAUACUUUUCUAUUGACUUACCGCGUUUUCACUGAUGGAGUUACCGUUUUGGAGGCUUUGAAAAGGGUGUUCUAUAGUAACGAGCCCGAACCGCAAGGUUCUGUCAUAUCUUUGGAAGGUCUGAAAGACGAACAUACGACACACUCGUACGACGAUCGUAGGAGGAGUAGUUUCUCCCCUAGAAGAACCAGCGGCGCUAGCUCUGUAUCUGGUUACGGAUCAGAGAUGAGCGAAAGGGAUAGAUCUCAUAGCUACGACUCCCAAGGGCAUAGACACUGGAAGUCUACCUUGGCCAAGUACGAAGAGGAAAAAGCGCAGGAGGUCGCAGCGCAUUCCAAAAUAGCUAGACAGUCGAGUCCGACCAAAUCCGCACAGAAAACGAGCGACACGCUGUCUCCACCUUCGCAAAAAAUGGUAUCCAUAAGGGUGGAGAAGAGCAAGGAUAGCGACAGUCGCCAUUUAACCAUCCCUACCAGUAAAGUAGCCGCUUCAAGCAGCAGCGAUACUUUAACCGAGGCCACUGUUCUCAGCGCACCCUGCUCGCCCAGCAACCUGAGCUCGGUCACUUUGGUGGCCUCUUCCCCAUCCGAUUCGAACAACGCUCAGGAGACUGGAGGGAGUAUAUCCCCACGUUCGCCAACGCAUACGAAGGACACCCCUAGCGUGAAAGAGCCACCGCAUAAGGAGCCUCCCCCAGUUGUUAGGGAAGUAACGCCGAAGAGUGACGUCCAGAGGAAAACGUCGGCGACGAAACACGAAGGUCCCGUUGAUAAGAGGUUGGAACGUUGUAUAUCUGAAGAUUCCGAAGAAACUCAAGAAGACCUGACGCUGUUCUAUAAUACGGUCCACCGUGCUUCGACCAGCUCUUCUAGAUCGAGCUACUAUGGAAUAAGGAGGUCAAUGCAGGAGGGAGAUUCCACGUCAACCGCCAGGUCUAGUUUCCAACAUGAUUCACCUCAAAAGCCCAGUAAGGCUGGGGUGGUGAUCACAUCAUUCAGACAGUCAAAACGGAGGAGCAGCACAUCAAGCGCUGCGGCUGCUUUUGCAAUAGCAGUUUCCGGAUCUAGUAAUCCCCGAGAUAUCUCCCCUAGCCAAGCUAAGGAACAGGUCCAAGACGAAUUCGCUGAAAGAGCACGUUACAAGGAGAAUAUUAUAUCGACAGCUUGUACCAUGAGAGUACUGAACGUUUUGAGGCAUUGGAUAUCGAAGCUCCCCCAAGACUUUGAGUAUAAUCAACGCUUGAAGAACAUGACCAUUGAGUUCUUGGACGAUAUCAUCUAUAGCCCAAACUUGUUGUCGGCUGAACAUAAAUCGGCAGCUCAGAUAUUGAGGCUAUUGACCAAGAAAGAUGCCGAAGGCUCUAAAAUCGACAUUGGCACUUUAUUGUCAGCCCCCUCUAUGCCAAUUAAGGAGAGCAUCGAGAUCUUAUCUGCACUUGAAAUAGCACAGCAACUGACCUACAUUGACCACCAGAUCUUCAUCGCAAUCUCGAGCGAAGAGUUCCUAGGUCAAGCAUGGAUGAAGAAUGACAAGAACAGCAGGGCUCCUCAUAUCCUCAUGAUGGCAAAAAGGUUUAAUGACGUAUCGAGACUAGUCGCAUCGGAAAUUGUCAGAAGAACUACGAUCAGCACGAGAGUUGCUGCUAUUGAGAAAUGGGCCGCUGUGGCUGACAUCUGCAGAUGUCUGCAUAACUUCAAUGGGGUUCUGCAGAUUUGUUCGGCGUUCACCAACAGUUCGGUUUUCAGACUUAAGAAGACUUGGGAUAAAGUGUCUGAGACGACUAAGCAGACGAUCGAAAAGCUCCAGAAUAUCGUGUCUUCUGACGGUAGGUUCAGAUCCCUGAGGGACGCCCUUCACAGGUGUGACCCCCCAUGCAUCCCUUACCUCGGUAUGUAUCUCACAGACCUUUCGUUCAUCGAAGAGGGGACGCCAAAUUUCACGGCUGAAAAUCUGCUUAAUUUCUCCAAAAUGAGGAUGAUCGCUCACGUCAUAAGGGAAAUAAGACAUUUUCAGCUGACGUCCUACAAGAUUGAGUUGAUACGUAAAGUAACGAGCUAUCUGUUGGAUUCUUCAUUAUUGAUGGACGAUGAGGAAUUGUACCGUAGGUCGCUGGAAAUUGAACCAAGGACUUCGAGGCUAACAUCGUCGGCUCUGCACCAUCAGCUUUCUCUGUCAAAAUGCUGAAUUAAAAAAAUUCUAUACCUAGUUGGAGUGAAUCUAAUGGCUGUCUUGUCGUCACUAAAAUCAUUAUAUAUGUUUCAACAGA